GUUUCUUCCCAUCAUUACUCUCCUAUGCACUUUUCCUUUUUCCCCUGUAAUCUAUACCCUAAUUUGUCUUCUCCUCCCUUCCUCACUCUUCCUCUCUCCGACCGCCAAAAUUUUCCGAUACCAGAAUUUCACCGGACGCCGAUAUUGCUCUUACUUAACUCGUCACUGAGUGACGUGCAUUUGUUUAGUGAUUCAUGGCAGUGGCUCAGCAAACCGCUGAUCGAUUAAUCUCUACUGACUCGGAUGAGGGAUUGAACAUUUUGGUUUUGGAUACGAAGCAAAGGCUUGCCAAUCAGGAUGCUGUUACUGUUGGUCUUUUGAGGGAUGGUGAUGAUCAGUCAGCAACUUUGUUGUCUGUUGGAGACCACGAGACUGCCUAUUUGUCAAAUGUUUUUUCUUCCCAGCCACAGCUCCAUCAUGAAAAUGAAGCUCUUAAAUGGGGUUCAUAUUUUCCAAAUGUUAAAGCUGAAGGAUUGGAGAAUGGUUCUCAUGACAUCUACAAUGAAACUUCAUCCCUUGGACUUCAUGAUUGUGAUCGCUUCUCUCAAAUUCCUGAAAAACAGUUUACUUCACUCUCAUCUCAGCUGCCUUAUGGGGCAAACCAUAACCAGUUGUACAAUGCAAGAUACUUCCCUACCCUAGAUCCACCUCAUCACCAGCAACCAGUUCCUCCAAAUUUUUCAUAUGCUGCUUCACCAGUCCCAGUCUCUUGUCCAAAAUUUCCAGUAAACAUUCAACUACAAGUGGAUGAUAAGAGAUUUAUGCCAAGACCAAAUUGCCCGACUCUGUUGGGAUCUUCUGUUGGUGGAAGCAACUUGUUUGGAAACUCUUCCAAGCUCAGUCUCUCAUGCCAAGGGUUAGACAGUUUUGAGGCCACUGGAUUCUCUUCGGAUUGGUUAAAACCUUUAAAUGGCAGUUCAUUAUUGCAGUUUUCAUCUCCUGAAGCUUCUCAAAAACCAGUCACUUCACUUGAGUUUCAUGGAAAUGGGUUUGGAUUGGAUUCUUUCCAGAAAGGAUCAAUUCAUGGGAUUGGAUCACACUCUAGCUCCAGCUCAAGAUGCCACUCCAAUACUAGAAGAAAUCAAGGCUGUAGCUAUGGAAGUAUGGUUGCAUCUAGCUUGGGCAAAAAUGGUGAAAAUUGGCCAAUGCUUGAUGAAACAAGACAAGAAAGGUGUAAUGACUUUUCAUGCAGUUGUACUGUAGCACUUGAUACAUUAAGUGAGCGAAACAGAGGACCUAGGGCAUUUAAGCCAAAAGGCCAGACAACUGCAAAUGGGUCAGCUAUGAAUAAUUGGAGGAAUGACAAAAUUAGUGGCAUUAGCAGCAGGUCAUACAACCAACUGGAUUUUAUUACUGAUUACAAGGAUGCAAGGUUCUUUGUCAUCAAAUCUUAUAGUGAAGAUAAUAUUCAUAAGAGUAUAAAGUAUGGUGUCUGGGCAAGCACGCCAAAUGGCAACAAAAAAUUGGAUGUUGCUUAUCAUGAAGCAAAGGAGAAACAAACAUGCCCAGUUUUUCUACUCUUUUCAGUGAAUGCUAGUUCACAGUUCUGUGGGGUGGCUGAGAUGGUGGGAUCUGUCAACUUUGACAAAAGUGUGGAUUAUUGGCUUCAAGAUAAGUGGUCUGGACAUUUCCCUGUAAGGUGGCAUAUUAUUAAAGAUGUUCCAAAUAGUCAGUUCCGCCACAUUCUUGUCAGAAGUAAUGACAACAAGCCAGUUACUAACAGCAGAGACACUCAAGAGUGCUCAGUAUUUUCCAUUUGCAUUCCAGUCAAAUGCCACUAUAUAUGGCCUCAACUUAUGGCAGUGCUUCAGCCAUUUGGUGACCUUGUAGAUAGAUGGCAGUUUAAGCUUUGAUUUAAAGUUAAACAACCAGAUAAGCUGCAGUAUUGGUUUACAGUUCAGUUUGAAAUUAAUAUAUUCUUUUCUGUUUCCUUUUUUUGGUAAAUGCAGCAUGUUCUAGAUUGAUCUUGGCAAAUGUAAUGGUCCAAGAACUAGAAAGAAGAUGACACCAAGAUCUGUGGUUUAAUUUCCAUUGCUUUUCCAAAAUUUAUUUCCUCCUGAAAAAUUUUGGGUUGUAAGUAGGAAUCUAUCCAAUGCAAGCUAUGUAUGCGUGUAGCAUAUUUUAGAUUUGUAAUGCUUUUUGUUUAGAAGUGAUUGAAUAUCGCACCAUCCUACUCAAGACAUAUUGGUCUCAAAUAUUACAGGUGGAAUUGGAACAGGGAAUUGAGAUGUUGAACAUUUUCAAAAACUAUGGAAGUCACUCAUCUAUCCUUGAUGAUUUUUCCUUUUAUGAAGAGCGGCAGAAAGCAAUUCAGGAAAGGAAAUCCAGACAGCAAGCAAGCCUAGCAACUAGUCCAGAGGAUGAAACAACUGAACCACACAAUCUUGUUUCUCUACCUAAUGCCAUUGUAAAGAAAAUGAGCAAGAGCUUUGCUGAAGCUGUGUUGUUCAAUGGGGACGCUAAAGAAUAUCCAACUGCAGGAAAGGUCUCCCCACCCUGAUCGCCAGCAAAGCCUGUAGCAGAUAUAAUAUCCAAAAUAAACAUCUUGCUGACAGUAUUAACAUCUGCAUCAAACUAAUGAAAUAGGUAUCAAGUUUCAUAGUCUUAUAUCUGUUCUUUAUUAUGUUAUAUCAUUUAUUUAUUUAUUUUGAUAUUGCUACUCCACAAGUUCGGGAAAACAGUUACAUAUAUUUAGGAGACAGUCUGAAUUUGUUUCAUAGGAUUGACUUUUAUAUUAUAUAUAUACCAAUGAUUUUCUGCUGUAGAUAUUCUAUUUAUGUCUAGUUUAACCCAAUAAAACCAUGACGUUUCA